AUUUCUCUCCCUCGUGGCUUCUCCAAAGGUUCCGGGUUUACCAUUUCGUUCACACGCAUGACAACUGAUCGGGUUUGUUUUCGGUGGAUUAAUGAAUAAUGCAGAUCGGUUGAUCAGUUGACGCGGAUUCGUGCAGCGGAAUAUUUGGCGUUCUGCAGAUAUGGAGCAGCCCAUCUUCACCACCAGAGCUCAUGUCUUCCAGAUCGACCCCAGCACCAAGAAGAACUGGGUUCCAGCCAGCAAACAGGCUGUUACAGUGUCAUAUUUCUAUGACAGUACACGUAACAGCUAUCGCAUCAUCAGUGUGGAUGGGUCAAAGGUUAUUAUCAACAGCACAAUCACUCCCAAUAUGAACUUCACUAAAACAUCACAGAAGUUUGGCCAAUGGGCCGACAGUCGGGCUAACACCGUGUUUGGACUCGGCUUUUCCUCUGAACAACAGCUGGCCAAGUUCGCUGAGAAGUUCCAGGAAGUAAAAGAGGCGGCAAAACUGGCCAGAGAAAAGUCUCAGGACAAGAUGGAGACCUCCAGUGAUCAAUCACAGGAAUCUGGGCGUGAAACUCCAUUAGCCAAUCAGGCCUCCAGCUUUAAUGGAACGGAUGAUGAGAAGAUUUAUCACGUCGGACCAGAAAACCCAGAGCAGAAGAGCGAGAACAACCCUUUAAAGUCUGCUGUGGAUCAGAGUAAGAAGUGGGAGACAGAGCUGCAGACGCUGACGGAGAGCAACGCUCGUCUGAUGGACGCGUUACAGGAAGCAAACAGCAAUGCAGAGAGCUGGAAGAGUCAAGUGAGCAAAUGUCAGGAGGAGAACAGUCAGCUCAAGAACAGGAUCUCAGAACUGGAUGUUCAGUGUCAGGACAUGAAUGUGGAGAGAGAGAAAAACGCUCAGCUGACUGUUAGGAUUCACAAGCUGGAGGCCGAUCUACAAGACAAACAGCAGGAAUUAGAAAACCUUCGAAAACAAGCAGAAAUUAUUCCACAGCUCAUGGCCGAGUGUGAGAGCAUUACAGCCAAACUACAGGCGGCCGAAGUGACCAACAGAGACAUGAGUGAGAACAUGAAGCUUCUUCAGGCGGAAAUCGACACCAACCAGCAAAGAGAGAGAAGCAUGAAGAUGGAACUGAAGAAGUUUAUGGAUGUUCUGGAUGGAAAGAUUGAUGAGUUACAUGAAGUUCGUCAGGGGAUGUCUAAACUGGGCAUCGAUAACUGAAGACUCAAACACUCGGUUUAUCUCACUGGGCGUGUGUGUGUGUGUGUGUGUGUGUGUGUGUGUGUGCGAGCGUGAUCUAUGACUGCUGGUUAAAGGGCUAAUGAUGGUUAAUGAGAGGAGUCACACACACACACACACACACACAAGUGUAUCUGUGCAUUCUGGUACUGUUGGACUGAUGUGAGAUCUCAGGACUUCAUGCAUGUGGUAUUGUUUGAUAUGCACAUACAUGCAUGAACUGCAAAAUCACAAAGUGCCUGGAGGUGGCGCACUUGAGUGUCCACCAACCCAUUAAAAAUCUCUAAUGGGGUUUGGGUGAAAUGUCCUGUUUAACAUGAGGCUGAACUGUUUCUUAACAGCCUAUCGUGCAAUACUCGCCUCAGGCAACAGGACGCCACUGUUUCUUUGUUUUUGAAAACAUCAAGAAUAUUCUUUCUCAUUCUGGUUAAAUGAUAAUGAGCCAAAUCUGCUACAGUUAUCUACUUUGUUCCAGAAAUUUUGCUUGUAUGGUGCAGAUUUUGCUCAGUGUGUUUGUGACGUGUCCUCCCACCCCUGCUGUUCCUCUGUGUGUGUGUGUGUGCGUGUGAUGUCAGAUGGGUGAUGGGUUAAUUUAUAUUUAUGCUUUUUUUAGAAUAAUCUCUGCCUUUCAAAGCAUUAGACCCUCUCAGCUUCCCGGGUUUGUUUCUUUAGGCUUCAUGUCGUGGCUGGUGUAUUUCAGAGCAUUUAAUGUGUGUAUUUUUGUUAACACACACACACACACACAAACAAACACACUCUUACUGAAAACUUUUAAGACACUUGACACUUUCCCUCUUUCUGAAAACUUUUGUUGAUCAAAAUUGUAAAAAAAGAAUAAUUGUCGAAAUAUAGAUUAUGAAGAAAAUC